CAGUUUUCAAGCUGAGCAGGAGCUUGGAUAUUACAUACCCUCCACAGCGGCGUGAUUUUGCUCUGGCUCGGCUGAAGUUUUCCCACAGAUAAGAGGGAAAGGGGUGGGGAAGAAAGAUUGCCCCGAGGACACCUCUCUCUUGCAGGACAUGGAGAACAGGCCAGCAGAGACCAACUCAGAGGUGGACAAGUCAGCAUCACCCUCAGUGGCUCAGCUAGCAGGGAAGUUCAAGGAGAAAGCAGCCAAUGUCCCUGGAAAAGAGGUACCACCACAUAAGCCAACUCGGAGGAAACCACCAUGCUCCCUUCCAUUGUAUUCCCACAAAACUGAGUCAAGUGACAAUGAUGAGCAAAAGCGAUCUCCAAAUGCUUGUCCCAUCCCCAAGGUCAAGGUGAAAAGCUCCCCCAUGAUCGAAAAGCUGCAGGCCAAUCUGGCUUUUGCUCCAGCUGCUCUGCUGCCGGGAGCAUCUCCCAAAAGCCCUGGUGUGAAAGGCCUGGUUUCUCCAUUCAGCACCCCUCCCUCAACGCCCAGCAGCCCAGGGAUUCAGUCCCAGCCCAGCGAAGCGAGUGAGACGCCGGUCAGCUUUGAUCAGCCCCCGGAAGGCACUCAGCUGCAAUUUUAUAAUAAGGUGCGGACGCGGGGAUCGAUAAAGCGCAGGCCUCCCUCCAGGAGGUUCCGAAGAUCUCUGUCCGAGUAUGGAGAUGGGGAAGAUUUAGGGGUCAAUGUCUCCUCUCCAGAAAAUGGUGCCAAGGAAGAUGGGGAUGAGGUGUUUGGGCCCAAGGGUAAGACAGAUGAAGCAGAAACAGGGAGCAAAGAGCAAAAGAAACAGACAGAAUCUGAUGAGAAGCCCCCAUCAAGGAGAGGAUCCAGCAGAUCAGAAGAUGAAGAAAAAGGGGAAAAACAGGCAGAGGAAAUGACUCCUUGCAAGAGUAACACAGAGGAUACAAAGGAGGAGGAGGAAGUGUGUUGUGGUGCCCCAGGGGAGAGCUCUCCCCAGCUUCCCUCUGGAAACAAGGAGGAGAAGGUGUGUGAGGGUCCCCAGGGAGAAGAGCAGCAAGGCAGUGCCUGUGAAAAGGGGGACGAGGAAAAGGGGGACAAGGAGAAGGAAGAAGCUGAAGCUGGAGCUGAAGCAAAGGAGAACAGUGAGAGCUCAGAUGUACGGAAAACAUCAGACGCUGAAGAAACACGACUGGCACCUGAACCGCUGCAGGACGCAGUGGGCUUAGACACUGCCAGUGAGCCUUCAACAUCAGCCACGCAGGACCAGGGCACAGAGUAACCGUGACACACAGGACAUACCCAAUCAGGGCACAGGAGACUUAACAUGUGAAUAGGAGCCAUCUAACCCAAUCAAGGUGGAAGCUACUGGAAAACCUUCAGUGGCAGGAUACAAGCGAAUACGGAUAUUUCCCAAGGUCCAGACUCAUCCCAGAGCUGAGUGGCUGCUCUCUGCUUCACACCAUUGUACUUUGGGACAGGCUUGCAAUCGCUUUGGACUUCAAAUCUGAGGUGUUGGCUGACAUUCCUCAGUGAUAUUCGGGGACUGAGAGACCUGAUACAUGUUGUCCUGGAGCUGAAAGCCACCACCGCUCCUGUUACCUCUGCUCCUUCAUCCUGCUCCAAAAUGUCUUUUUCUUCUCCCCUGCAUUGGUCUUAGAUGAAUUUUGUCAAUUACAUACAUACACAUAUGGUGCCUUUUUGGUAGCUUCUUUUGAAAUAUUUUGGGGUGUCAAAUUUCAGUAAAUAAUGUUUUAACAGUAGGAUAAAGUAUGUUUUCUCCAUAUAUGCUGUAUGGGAGACAAUGUGAACCCUGAACACAGGGAAAACUCUUAGGACAUUGUUCAUAAAGCAUAAAAUCUCUUUGAAGUGGGGGUCAAGCUGGCUGAUCUGUGAAACAGCCCGUCAUGGUAGGUAAUUUUUCUGUGUGCUUCAACUCUGGGACGAUUUAGUGCUGGUGGAAAGUAACAACCAACAGAUUUGAUGCACAGAAAAGAUGUACUGCGUUGGUCAACAGGGCAAGUUUUCUUAUCCAGUUGUAGGCUCCUGUCCAGAUUUAGAAGGGCUGCCUGUCUGUCCGUCUUUCUCACUUCCAGACCCUAUCCAAUCAUUUGAUUCUCAUUUGAAACUUUAAGUGUGUGUCCACCGAGUACCACCUGUGAUAGAAAGCAUCCUGGCUUACUGGAAACACCUGGUUAAUUUUAUGUAGGUCAAAGAAGAGGUCUUAGAUGGCUGAGUUUCCAGUUGUGUGGCCUGACUGAAUAUUAAUUGGUGAAGGUCAUCUGGUCAGUCCCUCCUAAAUACUUGCUCAUUGUACUACAUUUGCAUUGACUCUUGGGGCACGUUAAGUCAUGGGUCUUGGACUUGCUAAGGCAAAAAAGCUUUUACAUCUGGAGAGUAUUUGUUGCCCAUAUGAAAUAAGUUAUUUGGGGAAAGAUAGAUAACAGUCCGUCACCUAACUAGUUUCCUGACAGUUGUGCUUGAAGCUGUAUCUGCAAUACUGAAUAAAAAUCUGCUCUGGCUGAAAGCCAUGGGGCUCAUGUCCACAUAGUUCCAUGUAUGGAACUAUGGACAAAUCUGGACUUGCUGGAGACAGCGAGCCAAAGUUGUCAAAAGCUGAGCCAAGGAGCCAGCUAGCUGUUAGUUGGUGUGAUUGGUCAGAGGCCAGCACCUGAGUCUGCCACCAGCCACCUAGUGCCCAGCAAAACACACACAGCUACAGAGACCAAGGGCAGAACCAGCCAGCUCCUCAUCCAUCAGAAAGUUCCUCCUAGCAAAUGUCAAGGUGAGCAGAGUUGCAGGCUUGGGUUGUCCCUGUCUCUCAGAACAGGCACAAGCAUUUUACACCACACAGCCCACAUCUGUCCUUGAAUGGGCUCUGCAAAACAGCAGUGUUACAAACCCAGUGGCUUUGAAGAAUAUCCCCUUCCUGUUCACCAGCUCUAAAAUCGCGAGGAAAGAAGUGGCUCUGUGUCCUGCCUUUCUUUUUCCCAGGUGAGAGCACUGAGAUGUCAUUUACUGAGAGCCAGCAGUGUUGACCCUCCAAGCACGCACGGGCUUGUUGGUAAACACGACCCCCAUGUCCUUUUGAGCCAUGUUGUGGAGCAUUGUUGCCUUUGAAUCCAUUUUAAUCUGUUUGUUAGAGCUUGUAUUCCAGGGCAGGCUGCAAUCACUUGCUGUACCCUGUUUCUUCUCCCAGCAGUAUCCCAUCUGGAUGUGAGUGAUUGUGCCUUGUGUAUAUAGAUAUAUGUGUGCCUGUUUAGAGAAUGAGUAUGUGUGUCCCAAGCAAGGGAAUGGAAAUCCGAGGGAGAAA